GGGGAGCAGCCCGGGGGGCUAAGCUUUCGGCGUGACAAUGACGGCACUGCCCAGGGACGUGGUCAAAUGGCUGCAGAGUCUAGAGCUGUCCGCGCAGGCCACGAACAUCCGCAGAGAUUUUUCCAGUGGCUACCACGUGGCCGAGAUAUUUUCCCGUUAUUAUCCCAGAGAGUUCCAAAUGCACGCCUACAGCAAAGGCAUUUCUCUUCCUGAUAAGCAGCUGAACUGGAACAAAAUACGACAGUCCUUGCAGAGGCUGCGUCUGCUCUUGAUGGACAAGAUGGUUUACGGGACCAUCCACUGUAAGGCGGGAGCGGCCGAGUUGUUGGUGCAGCACGUUUACACCAUCCUGACCAAGAACAGGAUCCGAGCCGUUCAAAACCCAGAUAUGGACUUCAGCGACCAGAAGUACCAGAAGCUUCUCCCCUGGGUGGCGCGCCCCACGGCCCUCACGGCGGUGAACAGCAACGUGAGGGCCACGGAGAUGAAGGCCUUGCCCGACUUGUACAGCAACCAGAGGAGGGCGGAGGCCAUCAUCAGCAAACACUUGGAGGAGAAGGCAGAGAAGCUGGCAGAGCGCGGACGUUUGAUCAAGAUGAGACGCGUACAGACGACAUCGAGUGGAGAUGAAAAGUACUCGUCUGGUGAGAACACACCAAAGCUGUACCCCCAGUCACCACUGGAUGGCGCUGUUGUUUCCUACAAGACCAUCACAGUGAACCAGCCUGCCAGAAGAUCUUUGCACAGCUGAUUAAGAUGAAGAAGCUAAAUGAUUGUCUUAAUCUCAUCCCCACCUGUGCACAAUGGACCACACACAUACUGCACUGUGCAUCAUAUCUGGAUAUGACGUCAUUGUUUGACUCUGCCAACAUUGUUUGGAUAAUAUCUACCACUAGGUGGCAGCAUGGAUUCUUUUAGGCUCCAACAUGAAUAAAUCACUGCA